CUGUAAAUAUUUUGCCUGGCAGUGUCGAACCGGCGAACUGUCAAACAAAUUAUUGACAGCGUCUGAUAAAAACGCGUAUGCGAUUUCUCUAGUAAUUUGUGUAAAAUUUUCCAAUUUAGAGUGUGUUUUAAACGCGAUAUAAUAAACAGUUUUUCAUAAAUUCAUUUAUUAACGCAGCCCGCAAUGAAUCGUAGACGACCCCACGAUGGCGAUGAAGAAGGAUAUGAUCAUCGCAAUCGCAAACGCAGACGUGUUUCUGAAAAUCAGGAGAUCGAAGAUCGUUUGGAGUCGCUGAUUUUGCGUGUUGGUGAACGUAGCACGUCUUCGGUUGAAUCAAACUUGGAAGGAUUAGUGUCCGUACUGGAAGCAGAUUUGGGCACUUUCCGUUUGAAAAUAUUGCGGAUUCUCUCCGAUUGCGCUGUCAAAAUGCCAGAAAAGUGUACGAUUUAUACUACUUUGGUUGGUUUGCUGAAUGCUAAAAAUUACAAAUUCGGUGGAGAAUUCGUAGACCACAUGGUGAAGACUUUUAAGGAAGCAUUGAAAACGUGUUGGUGGGAUGCGGCACGUUAUUCGUUGCGUUUUCUAGCAGACUUAGUUAAUUGUCACGUCAUCUCAGCCACUAGUCUGUUGCAAUUACUAGACACAAUGAUUGAUGUUUCAAACGAAGACACAGUACCACAGGUACGUCGCGACUGGUUCGUUUUUGCUGUACUCUCGACUCUACCAUGGGUUGGGCGUGAUUUAUACGAGAAAAAAGAAUCUUCUCUAGAGUCUCUGCUACUACGUAUCGAAGUUUAUUUAAACAAACGUUCAAAGAAGCACCACAAUGCACUACGUGUAUGGUCAGUGGAUGCACCACACCCACAAGAGGAAUAUUUGGAUUGCCUAUGGGCACAAAUACGUAAACUGCGCCAAGAUAAUUGGGCUGAAAAGCACAUUCCACGUCCUUACCUUGCUUUUGAUUCAAUUUUGUGCGAGGCACUACAACACAAUUUACCGCCUAUAGUGCCACCCCCACAUCAUGAGUCCUAUCAAUACCCAAUGCCUUGGGUAGUUUAUCGCAUGUUUGAUUACACCGAUUGUCCCGAUGGACCAAACUUGCCAGGUGCACAUUCAAUUGAACGUUUCCUAAUUGAAGAGCAUCUGCAUCAUAUAAUCGAGACACACAGAUUAGAACGUAAGGAUUGCGCGGCGCAGCUACUAGCUUUCCCGUACAAAAACAAAAUACCACUUGAGUACUGCAUUGUCGAGGUCAUAUUUGCUGAAAUAUUUCAUAUGCCCACGCCACGUUAUUUGGAAAUCGUUUAUGGGUCAAUUCUUAUUGAAUUGUGUAAAUUACAACCAGCAACGCUGCCACAAGUGUUAGCACAAGCUACGGAGAUUCUAUUUAUGCGAAUAGACUCAAUGAAUACAUCAUGCUUCGAUCGUUUUGUUAAUUGGUUUUCUUACCAUUUAAGUAACUUUAAAUUCACUUGGUCGUGGGAGGAGUGGGAUAGUUGUUUGUUGUUAGAUCCAGAACAUCCACGCCCCAAAUUCAUACAAGAAGUUUUGCAUAAAUGUUUAAGAUUAUCCUAUCAUCAACGAAUUACGGAAAUGAUGCCCGAAGCAUAUGCUAAACUUAUACCUAUUGCGCCGCAACCCAAUUAUAAAUACGCUUCUGAAGAUGCAGCGUCUUUGGCUGGGACACAAGUGGCGCAUCAAUUGGUGGUGGCGAUUCGCCAAAAGUGUACACCCGAAGAGGUCAUCAAUAUUCUGAAGGAGUUGCCGAACUCCGGUGAAAAUGCGGAUCAGGAAAUGUCGGAGACAUCAUUCAACCCACUUAAAAUCGAUGUGUUCGUGCAGACACUCUUGAAUUUGGGCGCCAAAUCGUUUUCGCAUAGCUUUGCUGCAAUAUCGAAGUUUCAUUUAGUUUUUAAGGCUCUCGCUGAAUCCGAGGAGGCGCAAAUUUGCAUACUUCACAAUGUUUACGAAUUAUGGCAGAAUCAUCAACAAAUGAUGGUGGUGAUAAUUGAUAAAUUAUUGAAAUUGCAAAUCGUUGACUGUUCAGCUGUCGCUACGUGGAUUUUCUCCAAAGAGAUGACUGGGGAAUUUACUAAAAUGUAUUUGUGGGAAAUACUACAUUUGACUAUCAAGAAAAUGAACAAACAUGUCAUUAAAUUGAGUAGUGAACUGACGGAUGCGAAGGAUAAAUUGGCUAAAGUCGAUUCAUCAUCCAGCGAAUCAGAAGAUGAGACUACGCCAAAGCGUAAAAAGCCAAUCAAUCAUGUCGAUAAACCAACUGAGGAGAUGGUCGAACGCAUGGAAGAGAAAUUGGAGGCGGCUAAUGUUGAUCAGAAGCGUUUAUUCUUGAUUGUUUUCCAACGUUUCAUUAUGAUAUUGUCCGAACAUUUGGUUCGCUCUGAUACAGACGGACGCGAUCCGGACACUGAUUGGUAUCGCUGGACAAUUGGUCGUUUGCAGCAAGUAUUCUUGAUGCACCACGAACAAGUGCAAAAAUACAGCAGCACGUUGGAGACACUGCUUUUCACUUCGGACUUGGACUCACACAUUUUGGAAGUGUUCCAUCAAUUUGUGGCUUUGCGAGCUUAAGGCAACCGACCUUAUUUACCUCCAUAAAUUUCACUCUGUCCUUUCAAUAACAUUCGCUGCUUCAUUUUCAAUAAUCAAGCUAGAAAAGAGAAUACUUAUAACCGCAAUGCAUGGAAGGCGAAGCUACUAGAAAAUAUAAAUGCAUCUAAAUCAAUGGACCAUUCAUUUAGAGAUAUUGAAAAUCUGCUUUCGCAUUUGAGUUUAUCAAUCUUUAUAAAGUAUAUAAAUGACUAAGUAUUGGGAGUUAAUUGAUUCAUUGAUUAUAAAUUUUGUAAAACUGUUAAUUGCAAGGCAUUUCGACAUUGCAAUAUUUCAUAUUAAUAAACUCAUUUCUCCAUGGAAUACAAAUAAUUGAAAACAGAAAAUAAA